AUGGAUGUUCCGUCGUUUUCAUCCUUCCCUCCUUCCUUCAGCUCGUUUCCUGAUCUGGAUCUGGAUCCAAGCAAGCCACCGAAAUCCUCAUCGCGACAAGCGGACGAAGAUCGGUCGAAACGCAAGGACAAACACAGAAAAGAGAAAAAACUAAAGGACAGCAAGCAUACUCACGAAGAUCUCGGACUCGAGAGAAGGCUGCGUAGGCACAGGAGCAAAGAACGGGCGGGCAAGGAGGUCAGACUGCCGUUCGAUGAUGAGCGGCUCAAGGAAGAGGAAGACAGGUGGCGGGCGCGCUCCGAAACACAACCUAGUUCUUCGAAAAUUCUGUUCUACUCAGACAGAAAGGGCGACCCGCUAAAUGUACAAGCUUUGCUCAAAGCCCCGCCCAAACGAAGACUCAUACCAUCUUCAGAUGGUCCUCAUAAAUUUGAGGAGGUCGAUGGCUUCAUCAAACUCCCCUCUCGACGUCGCGACGAUCAGGCGUACCGAUCUAUCGAGACCGUCAGAGACAACGCAGAAUCUGACUUUGAUUCAUCAUCCGAAUCCGACGAUGCAUCUGAGAGUACAGAUAAUGACGCAGACGAGCUGACUCUCACUUCUUAUCAAGAGAAGAUGAAGGCGCUCGAACAGCAGCUUUCCGCUGACCCAUCGUCAGUGCCUACCUGGCUCUCCCUGCUAUCCCAUUCUCUGUCCCAAAUCCCUGUCACCUCGAGGAAUGCUACCAAGGCCCGUUCUGAGAUCACGCUGUCCAUUCUUGAGCGCGCUUUGUCCUCACUACAGCCCUCAUCUUCUGCGGUGCAGCUCAAGUUGAAGCACCUUCAAGCCGGGGAGGCAGUUUGGCUGGAGGCAGAACUAAAGAGUCGAUGGGAGGAUGCUCUGAAACUGGACAAUAUUGAGAUUUGGCUUGCGUGGUUAGAGUGGAGGUUCCGCAAGGGAGAGGGAGGUGUCGACGGAGCGACGAAGGAUGUGCUGAGGGUGGUCGGCGCAGUAACGAACGAAAUAGACCGCCUCAGAAUAAUGUGGAGGGUUGCUAUCGCCUUUCGCCAAUAUGGUUUUGUCGAACGUGCUGUUGCACUCUUUCAAGCACAAGCGGAACUGGUUUUCUGUAUGCCUCCAUCUCUUGUUGGAUCUACAUUUGACAAACAGCUAGAUGCGAUUGAAGAGUUUUGGGAGUCAGAGGUUUCACGUGUCGGUGAGCCAGGAUCAAAAGGCUGGAAUGCUUGGGUGGCCGAAGGCAGUCCAGAACACAGUGCCGACACCCUUCCUCGUACUGAUCACCCACCAGUUCAAGUAGAUAUUCCUGACCCAUAUCGCAAAUGGGCUCGGGAAGAAAUACUCGCAGAUCAGACUCUACAAACGCCAUUGCGAUCCACUGAUGCCGAGGCAGAUGAAGAUCCGUACGGGACAGUUUUAUUUUCUGACAUUCGCCCGUUCCUAUGCUCUUUUACUACGGCGCGGCCGAAGACCCUGUUUAGGCUAGUAUGGCUGUCAUUCGCGGGUCUGUACAUUCCCGGACUAGAGACGGCUUUGGGCACCGCGGCCGAAAACGUCGAUGACAGAUGGAGUAGAGCGCAUCUCACAUCUCCCAAUUGCCUGGCCUCCGUGUUCCCCUCUGCAUCCGCUGCACGUCGGAUCUCUGUGGACGCACAGUGUGGAGCGAUUAUCGGCCGAGAACAGGAGUAUACGAGCGGCUUUGGGCCAGUGAAGAAUUGGAGUUAUCGUACUGUGGGCGCGCUAGAUACGUUUGGGGAGGGCGGCUGGAGGAUGUGGACGAAGGAGGACAUGCAGGGUGUGAAUCAGGGGUUCGUACGACGCGUGUUUGAGCAGUGUCGCGUGGGUGGAGAUGAUGUUGAGUGGGACACAUUGGCGCUCGCGUUUGAAGCUGCUGUGAAUGUGAAAAGCGCUCUCAAGCUGUCUCGCUCGUUUCUUGCUACUGCACGCGAAUCCCUUCCUCAUUGGGCGAUACAUGCGCGCCUCGAGCGCCUCCAAGGCCGCACAGAAGCCGCGCGCAAAGUUUACGAGACCGUGCUCUCCGCACCUUCCUCUUCCCAGACCCGGCUCAGUACGGGCCCACUCUGGUGGGACUGGGCCGAGAUGGAGUGGCUGGGCGAGAGGCCCGACGCCGCGCUCAAGGUCACGUUGUCCUCUGCCGGCGUUGCUGGGACCGCCGGCGGCGGUAUAGCAGUCCUGCGUGCGAAGCGGGUGUUGGAGGAUACUGUGGCUGAGAUCCCGGAAAUGCUAUGGAAGGCGCGCGAGGCUUGGCUCCGGCUCGGUACGCUGCUCGAGCUGCUCACAGCUUCUCCGGGGGGCGGGCUUCCGCCCUUUCUCGUCGAACCGAUGCAGGUAGGCAGUGUUGCGGCGGAGAGUCGGGCAGUAGCAUCUUUGAGCAUGCUGUACAACCACAUGGUCGUCCUGCGGAGUGCUGCGCGCCCAACUAUACUGCGCGAGCGGCUGCAGGAGGCGGCUAGGCUGUAUCCGGACAACACGGUCGUGCUGGGCAUGUUUUUGGAGGUGCAGAAGGGUCAAGGGGUGUGGGGACGCGUGCGUGAGUUGGUGGCGGAUGUCGGAGCGGACGGGGCGGUGAAGGAGAAGAGCGUCGCCAGGCGGGUGAUGGACGUUUGGAUCGCGGGAUGGGAGAGGGGCCGGUGGGAAUGGGAGAUCGAGAGGACGAGGAGCGGUUUGAACGCCGCCGUCGAGAGCGAACGGACCCGAGGAAGCCCUGUGCUAUGGCGAAUUUUCAUCGAGUUCGAGAUCCGGGUGCAGGACCUGAAGCGCGCGAAAAACGUGUUGUUUCGUGCGAUCGCGCAGUGUCCAGGUGUCAAAGAGCUGUAUCUAUUGGCAUUCGACACACUGCGAUCUGUGUUUACUCCGGGCGAAUUGAACGAACUCGGAGAAUCGAUGGCCGAGAGGGGUGUGCGGAUGAGGAAAGGGCUGGACGAGGCGGUGGAGGGCUGGGUGGAUACGCCCGAGGACAACAGAGGCGUGGAAGGCGGAGACAGCGGGGAGGAGGACGAGAUCGAGUACAAUGCGAGGGAGCUGAGGCGACUGAAGCCGUACUAGUAUUAUGUAAUCCGCCAUUGUGGCC